UCCAUCCAUCCAUCCAUCCAUCCAUCCAUCCAUCCAUCCAUCCAUCCAUCCAUUUUUACCCUUCUGACACAUUGACAAUAACCGAGGAUAUCCGUCCAUCCAUCUUUCCAUGCUAUUCCUUUAAAGAGUCUUUAUGCUAGUCCACUUGAUGUCUGCUUUCACUUUUUUAUCUUUUGGAUGUCAAAGUUGGAGAUUAAUUCUGUAAUUCUACUCUUAAUUGAACUUGCGGCCAUGUCAAGGACCAAUAGAGAGCAGAACAUAAGAGGUACAAGGGGUGAUUGGCCUUUUGUAGACUUGAACUUGGACUCUAAUUGGUGUGUGUGUGGUCAGUGUGCAUGUGUGUGUGUGUGUGUCUGUCUGUGUGUGUGGAGGUAUAAAAAGGUCAGAACAGGUGAGAGGCAUGUUUUAUGUCUGUCUGCUCGUGAGGGCAGAACAGCAGAGCACACACCAUCAUUCGAUGCUUCACCUCUGGAUGGUACACACACACGCACACACACUUAAUCGAUGUCUUGAUGGGACUGCUUCAACACGCUGAAUCAUGAGCAUUUCACACGAGACCUCCCUCCUGGACCAAGUUCUGGAACUGAUUAUGAGCGAGAAGCCGCCAGCCACCAGCGCUAGUCUUUUCCUAAACGAGGACGCGGAAAAAGCCGCCGUGCCCGAGCCGACGGACUUGAAGAGACGAGUUUGCGCGGCCAUGGAGAGGAAAGCGAGUAUCAUGAAGGAGAAAAUAAGCUCCAUCAGCAAGGAGGGCGUCAAAGCUUUCCUCAAAAGGAACCUUUUCGUUUUAUUCACCAUUGCUGCCGUGGCUGUGGGCAUCAUCCUGGGCUUCUCUCUGCGCUCCCAUGACUUGUCCCUGAGAGAGAUCAAGUACUUCUCCUUUCCUGGGGAGCUGCUGAUGAGGAUGCUGAAGAUGCUGGUGCUGCCUCUCAUCGUGUCCAGCCUGGUCACAGGAAUGUCCUCCUUGGACAGUAAAGCGUCCGGUAAAAUGGGCGCCCGUGCCGUGGUCUACUACAUGGUGACCACCCUGAUCGCCGUCUUCAUCGGCAUCGUCAUCGUGAUCAUCAUCAAACCCGGGAAAGGCAGCAGGGACAGCCUCGUAGCCAAGAGCGGCAAUGUGGAACUGGUCCAGGCUACUGAUGCUUUCCUGGACCUCAUCAGGAAUAUGUUUCCACCUAAUCUCGUGGAAGCUUGUUUCAAGCAGUACAAAACCACAUACAAGAGGAUUGUACACACAAGGAACAUGACGGUGAGACUGAACCUCACUGACACUGCGAGCAACGUGACGGACGCCAACGUGAACCUCAGCAGUGUGCUUCACACCAUAAAGGAGACGUUGGAGGAGACGGUGCCCGUGCCGGACUCCUCUGAUGGCGUCAACGCUCUUGGUCUGGUCUUCUUCUCUAUGUGCUUCGGUCUGGUCAUCGGCAACAUGAAGCUGAAGGGUCAAGCUCUUAGGGACUUCUUUGACUGCCUCAAUGAAGCCAUUAUGAAACUGGUGGCCAUCAUCAUCUGGUACGCCCCGGUGGGUAUCCUCUUCCUGAUAGCGGGCAAGAUUGUGGAGAUGAAGGAUCUGGCAGAGAUGGGCGGCCAGCUAGCGAUGUACACCGUGUCGGUCAUCGUGGGCCUCCUCAUCCACGGUCUCUUCGUACUGCCGCUGCUCUACUUCCUGGUGACCAGGAAGAACCCCUACAGCUUCAUCGGCGGCCUGCUGCAGGCGCUCAUCACAGCUCUGGGAACCUCCUCCAGUUCUGCAACUCUACCCAUUACUUUUCGCUGCCUGGAGGAGAAUAACCAUGUGGAUAAACGGGUGACCCGCUUUGUUCUCCCCGUGGGCGCCACCAUCAACAUGGACGGCACCGCUCUGUACGAAGCUGUGGCGGCCAUUUUUAUCGCUCAAGUCAAUGACAUGGAUCUGAACUUUGGACAGAUUCUAACAAUCAGUAUCACGGCAACCGCUGCCAGCAUCGGAGCAGCAGGCAUCCCACAGGCUGGCCUGGUUACCAUGGUGAUUGUAUUGACAUCGGUGGGACUGCCCACAGAGGAUAUAACCCUCAUCAUCGCCGUGGAUUGGUUCCUAGACCGUUUGCGUACCACCACCAACGUGCUGGGCGACUCUCUCGGGGCGGGCAUCUUAGAGCACCUCUCUCGUGGCGAAUUGCAGAAUCAGGACGAAGAGGUGCGCAACUCCGUCAUCGAAGAAAACGAGAAGACUUACCAGCUUAUUUGCCAGGACAACGACAUUGUGCGUAAUCACAACAGCGAGACCACAAUGUGAAAGCUGCGGUUCGUCCAGUAAUACCGGGCAGAUGUAAUUUUCCAUGAAAUAUUUUUUAGGCUGCAUAGCUUUCCAAUUAGCAGUGCGAAACAGUACAGACAACAACAAAAACUAGAGUAUGUGACGCCGAACUCGAACCCAAGGAUUUUUCAUAUUAGUGAAUCCGCUGUUUGUUAGACAAAAAUACACUUUUUUGUUUUGGCAUCUUGGGGGCAGAAUGCCGUGCUGCCCAACAAAGCAGGACGGGGAAAGGCGGCAGGGUCAAAGUCACACGCACUGAAAAGAGAGAUAGUCAAAUUAGGUCAUAAGAAUGACGUCACCAAAAAAAAAAUUACAGAAAAAAUGGUAUCACUACGAGGCAUACAAUUGUAAUGUUGCGAUAAAAUAUGUAAAAUUUUCCACAAAAUGGAGGUUAGGCUCCAAAUUGUACCUUCCACGUUGGAGGGUCAAUUGUUUGUCAUUAAUCAUCAAGACUACCUCUAAUAGAAACUGGAUGCGGAAUGUAACAGUAAUCGUGCAUAUUGAAUAAAUAUUAUUUUAUCCUGUUAAGGUUGCUUACAUGCCGUGAAAUGUGAAAGCACUUGACUGUUAAACACUGGACUUUGCUACUCAUUGUUUUAAAUUCUAGUGACUUGCCAGGAUGUGGCUUCUUGUGAGUCUUAAUAUUUUUUGCUCUACUAUUACCUUUUAAGACUGUACUGCUGUGAACUAAUUUAAAUACACAGGUAAGAUUGUCUGUAAAGUUUUUGAAGAAGCACACUAUUUUAAUGUUUAUCAUAUUCUGUUCAUGGAUUAGUUUGAUGGGAAAAUAUUUUGUUAUUGUGAAGAGUGUAGAGAACUGUAUGUGCAGUAGUUUAAUCCUUUUUGUGCUGAACGCUUCACGUCAAUGUAAUAAUUCAGAAAAGUGUCAAUGUGGGCUUUAGUUUUAAAAUGAUUCAUGUAGUUUUAGUGAAAAGGGGUUUCCCCCCAAAUUGAUGGCACAAUGUGAUGAAAUAAAUGGCUCAGGAAUUCAAACUUGA